UGCAGACGAUAUAUAAGAGUGAAAGCCUCUUUUCUGUUACACCUUGAACCACCUGUCCUAACUGUGUGACACAUCAGCUCACCAAGCCAGUCAGAGCUCAAAUACUGCAGCGAUGCCUCCUCCCGGUGUGUGUCUGAGCAUCAUUGAGGCUCGUCAGAAGCUGGAAGGUUAUGGCAGCCCUUCCAACCCUGAGAGUUUCUUCAACCACAACUACCAGCAGCUGAAACAGCACUGCCUCAGCCGAGGAUUGAGGUACAUCGAUGAGAUGUUCCCCCCUAACAGUAACUCCAUCGGUCAGGGGUUGCUGAGCCCCUCUGAUCUGGCCCGUGUGGUGUGGCAGAGACCAGCGAAAAUCACUCCUAAUCCAUUCUUCAUAGUUGAUGGCAUCUCCAGGUUUGACUUUGGUCAAGGACUACUGGGAAACUGCUGGUUUCUUGCAUCAAUCGGAGCUUUGACAUUUCAGAAAGAUAUCCUCAGACAAGUUGUCCCUCUUGAGCAAACAUUUCAUGAGAACUACUGCGGGAUCUUUCACUUCAGGUUCUGGAGGUUUGGAAGUUGGGUGGAUGUUGUCAUUGAUGACAAGCUGCCAACAAUCAAUGGUAAACUAAUCUUUGUCCACUCCAAAGACCAAAGUGAGUUCUGGCCUGCUUUGCUGGAGAAAGCCUAUGCCAAAGUCUGUGGUUCCUACGUUGACAUGAGAGCUGGAACUCCUGCAGAGGCUAUGAUGGACUUCACUGGUGGUGUCCACAUGUGCAUUGAGCUGUCUGAUCCCCCUCCAAACCUGUGGGCACUGAUGUUCAGAGCUGGACAAUUUAAGACGCUAAUGGGUUGUGGGACAUAUCAGGGGGAGACCUCUGCCAACACUGUGUCAUCAAAUGGAUUGGUCCAAGGCCAUGCUUACACUGUCACAGGUGUCAAACAGACAACAAGUCGAGGUAAACUUGUAAACCUUGUGCGUUUGUGGAACCCCUGGGGCAAAGGAGAGUGGAACGGAGACUGGAGCGAUCGGUCUUCACUCUGGCAAACCGUGAGUGUUCAGGAUCGUGAGAUGUGUCUUACAGUGGGUGACGAUGGCGAGUUUUGGGUUACCUUGGAAGACUUCUGUAAGUUCUUCGAUGAGCUGAGCAUUUGCAGCAUGACUCCAAACUUCCUCGAUGGAAACCCCUCUUGUCACUGGAAGUCCUUCAUGUUUGCAGGCAGAUGGGUUUCCGGAGCAACUGCUGGAGGAUGCAAGAAUAACAGCGACAGUUUCUGGACUAAUCCGCAGUAUUUGAUUAAGAUUAAAGGUCAAUAUUCAGAGAAAGAUGAGAGAGAGAAAAACAUAGUGAUGUCUCUCAUUCAAAAGCCUGACAAGUGGAAUCGACACAUGAUCCAGAAUCUCCACAUUGGAUUCUCUAUCUUUGAACUCAACCAGGACAAGAACGUGCAGGAUGAUGAAAAUGAGAGAAAGUUUUUCAAUCAGCACUCAGACAAGAGAGUUAAAAAGACAUCAAUCACUGGGAAGCUCAACAGUCAGGAAUUUGUCCGCUUGUGGAAGAAGGUCAUCACGUACAAGGACAUUUUUUUCCGCACUGAUGUUUCUCGAACAGGAACUCUAUCACUGAGUGAGCUGAGGAAUGCAUUUCUAACUUCAGGGAUGAACAUGAGUGAUGACAUGCUGAAUUUAAUGACUCUGCGCUAUGGUGCCUCCUCUGGAAACAUCACACUGGAGAGCUUCAUCAGUCUCAUCAUUCGUUUGGACUGCAUGCACAAAAUCUUCAAACAGCUGUCUGAUGGAAAAGCCAUGACUCUCAAAGAGUCAGAGUGGAUGAAUGUUUCCAUGUACACUUAAUCCUACAAGGGAGAUGGCCUGUUAAAUUCAACUGGGAUAACAGAAGAGGAUAUUUUCAAAAGCUUAUUUUCUUUUGCCGAACUGUUAAAUUGAAUAAAACAUGUAUUCCUCUGUGAAUGAGACAUUACAGAGUAAGAGCUGUAAGUUAAGGGCAUUUUCUGUUUAUUGCUACCAUGAAAAAAUAAUACGUGUAAUUAAUGUUUUAACAUAAAACUAAUAAACUUUGUAGG